AUGUUCCUGGGCUUCCUCUGGCUCUCAGACAGCCGCCCGGGGGGCCACACCAGGACCGACCCCCUGACAGUGCAGAAGAUGCAUCUUGCCAGCCACCUGCUCCUCCUUCUGGCUGGACUGCUGGUCGCAUCUCAUGGCCAGCUCCUUCCUGAACACAACAGCCAGGGUCACACGGGCAGCCCCCAUCCAGAAGCUCCAAGCACAGGUGAGGGCUCCCCCAGCCUCAAGAUUGCCCCGGGAAAUACAGUCUUUGCUCUCCGCUUCUACCACCUGAUGGCUUCCCAGAGCCCUGGGAGCAACAUCUUCUUUUCCCCGCUGAGCAUCUCUGCCUCUUACGCCAUGCUGUCCCUGGGCGCCCGCUCACACAGCCAGACCCAGAUCCUCGAGGGUCUGGGCUUCAACCUCACGGAGGUGUCUGAGUCGGACAUCCACCAGGGCUUCCGGCACCUCCUGCACGCCCUCCACCUCCCGGGAGACAGGCUGGAGAUGCACACGGGCAGCGCCCUGUUCCUGAGCCAGGAGCUGCCCAUCCUUCCGGGAUUUCUAAAUGACAGUGUGGCCUUCUAUGACUCCAAAUUAUUCCUCACCAACUUCCACGACUCUGUGGGUACCACCCAGCUGAUCAAUGACCAUGUCAAGGAGGAAACUCAAGGGAAGAUUGUGGAUUUGGUCAGCGACCUGAGCACAGACAUCGCGAUGGUGCUGGUGAAUUACAUUUACUUCAAAGCUCUGUGGGAGAAACCAUUCGUUCUCUCGUUGACCACUCCCCAAGACUUCUACGUUGAUGAGAAUACAGUAGUCAAGGUGCCUAUGAUGCUGCAGGACACAGAGGACCACUGGUAUCUUCAUGACAAAUACUUGCCCUGCUCAGUCCUGCGGAUGGAUUACAAAGGAAACGCGAUGGCCCUUUUCAUCCUUCCUAACCGAGGGAAAAUGAAGCAGGUGGAGGAAGUCUUGACUCCAGAGAUACUAAAAAGGUGGAUGAGCUUGCUUCGGAAGAGGUACUAUUACAGGAGGCUCGAGUUGCAUUUCCCCAAGUUCUCCAUUUCUGGCUCCUAUAAUCUAGAUCAGAUUUUGCCCAUGUUGGGCUUUGUGGACGUGUUCUCACAGCAGGCUGACUUGUCCGGCAUCACCGAAGAGCGAAAGCUGCAGGUGUCCAAGAGUUUCCACAAAGCCAUUCUGGAGGUGGACGAGGCUGGCACCCAGGCUGCAGCGGCCACUGGCAGCUUCGCCACCUUUCUGUCUGCCCGUCGCAGUCUCGGAGUCCUCUGGUUCAACCGGCCCUUCCUUGUGGUGAUCUUUUCCACCGAUACCCAGAGCAUCCUCUUUCUGGGCAAGGUUGUCAACCCCACGAAACCAUAG